GUCCGGGCGUCGGUCGAAAGGCCGCGGUUUCUCGGUGCGCCAUCCCGCCCUGCGGGUUGCUUGGCUCGCCCAGCUGGUGUAGGGAAUGCACCAACCCCUAAGGAACGGAGCCACGAGUUCGAAUCCGGAGGAGGGCUCCGAGGGGAACGAGGAAUGCUCCGUUUGAAGUAGGCGACUCCCGCCGCGAGGCGAGGAGCGAGGUUCCUGCGCUGCGAGAGCGCCUUGCACGGGAGCUGCUGUCGGAAGGGACUCGGAAACCCUUGACUCGCUGCCGCCCCGUCGCCUCGGCUCCCCGGGGGAGAUGGCUGCGGACCGGUCUCUGCUGGCCGUGCGGGAAGCGCUGAAGAAGUGCUUCCCGGCGGUGCGGGAGCAGCAGGGCUCGUGGCAGGACGCCGUGCGGGACUGCCAGCCCCUCCUGGCCUCGCUCAGCAACCUGGCCGAGCAGCUGCGGGCGGCGCAGAGCCUCCGCUUGGACCAGGUGCCUGCGCUGCGGGCCUUCCCGGACCUGCAGGAGCGGCUGCGGCGCAAGCAGCUGGAGGCCGGAGACGCCGUGCUGGAGCAGCUCGGGGACAGGCUAGCUGCCCUGCUCAAGGUACGCGAUGCGGUCAGCAGCCACGUGGAGCAAGUGUUUGAAGUGUACGGGCAACAAGCCAACACGCUGGACCUCGACGCUGUGCUGCAGCCCUCGGCGGCCAGCCCCUCGGUGGCUGACAUGCUAGAAUGGCUGCAGGACAUUGACCGACAUUUCCGAACCUCGAAGGUACCUGAAGAGGAAAGCCCUCCUCUCCUCCAUCCGAUGGGGAGACUUGGCGAGCAUCCAGGCGCUGCCCAGGGCCUGGGACCGGAUCUCAGAAGGCGAGCAUCAAGACCUCGUUCAGGAUACCCUGUUGAAAGUCGCCUUCUUCCUGGAAGAGUGAGGAAGCCUCGUGUCUCUGGAGGUUGAGGCACCAUGCUCGGAGACUGAUGGUUUCUCUGAAAAUGCUGCACCCUGGCCUGACCCACCUGCGGUACCAGGGCCUGCAUCUGAGGCCCGGGGUUGGGGAGUGCUGGUGUGGGUGCUGCUGCAGGCCUCCUCGAGGCUGAGUGCCUGGGCCAUGCACUUCUGUUCCUGCAGCUCCAGGAAGAGCACAGGGGUGAGAGGAAGCAGGAAAGGCCCACGCAAAAACGUGGGAUCUGGGUGUUCUUCCGGGGAUGCAGAUCAUCAGGGAAGGAAAGAUUGAGGACAAGAGCUCCAGCGGCCCUGGGCAGUUCUUGAAGCUCCAAGUCAGGGGAGAACAGGUCCUGGGUCCGUGUAUUCCUGUCAUUCGACCCAACUGCUUGGCAAAAGCCAAGAGUGGUUUUGAUGAUUUAAAAAAAUAAAGGUCAUCCUGCUGGAAAACAUGUUCAAACCUGUUGCUUGAGCUCACAGCGACGGGGAGGCUGCCACCAGGGGGCGGUGGUACUGCACGAGUGGUGGUUCCUGCUGCUUUGUCCUUGGUGGUUGCUGGAACUGGCCCGGCUUGGGCCUGAGAGCAGUGCACCGUGUAGCAGCCCUGCGCCAAGUGGUCCAGGCAGCACUUCUGAGGCCCCUGCUGCCUUCUGCACAAUGGUCAUGAUACUUCUAGGACUUUGAAUUCCCGAGUGGCUGUAGAAUCUUGAUCAUUAGACAAAAAGGGGCUUCAGAAACAUAGAGGGGUUUUUUUCCCCCCAAAGUGAAGAUAGCUUUUUACUGCUUAUUGCAAAAGUGGAGUAUGCUUUUUAAAAAAUUGCAGACCCCAGUAUAUAUCAUCUCUUGGGUUUUAUGUGCAUUUUUCCAGAUGUUCAUGCUUUUCUAUCUCCAAAGGUAAAUAUUCUAAUUGUGAAGAACUGAAAUAUUACAUGGGUAUGUGCCACUGUCGGCCUGCCAGAUAACUUGUUAAUUUAUGUAGUGUCUAUCCUUCCAGGAAUUUAAAAAGUUUUUAUCUUUUAUAUAAUCAUUACCUUUGGGUACAGAGGCCUAUGAUGGACUCAAGAUGAAAGAGAAUGGAAAACCCUAGGGGAAGUUUACCGUGCAGUGAGGAAAAGAACUUCAGGGUACCCACAAACCCCUGCCUCCCGCUCUGUCCAUCCGGGUGCAGUGGGUCUGGGAUGUGUACCUGGACAGGGAGCCCAGUGAUGCUGGGCCCAGACUCCUGGGCCAUGGGGAUCGAGAUGUAAUAAAGGGGUUCACGUUGUGCUGGGGGGGCACAGAGAAUGGUAACUGGGAGCCUGGGAGGACCUUGUGACGGUGAUGCCCAAGUUGUUCUUGAGGGGAGUUUUCCUCGGGAUGAGGCUUAGAGCAGCACACUCCAUGUGUAUGGACAAGCUGAGCGAAAGCUGUGUUCUGGGGCCCAUGGGAGCUGGCUGGGCAGGGCUCUGCAACAUGUGCACCCGAGCGAAGGCCGUGUUCUGGGCCCAUGGAAGCUGGCUGGGCAGAGCUCUGCAUCGUGUGCAUGG